AUGAAACUGAGGCCUGGAUAUAUUUUCAAUUUUUUGUAUCUUGACAAAGUUCAUGCUUUAAUGUCAGUCAGAAAUACUACAGUGCUUUUGGAGUAUUUUAAACUCUUGGAUGUUCAUGACAGCAGUUCCUUAAAUGAUGUCCAAUUUUUUCAUUUCCUUCGCUGUGUCACGGACAUGAGCAAAGUACACAUAAAGACAACCUUCAAUAUGUUUGAUUGGAAAGUCUCUGGAGAGAUUAGUUUUGAUGAGUUUUACAUGCUGAUAUGCAUCAUAAUUGCUAAUAAGGAUAAAAUGGAGCAGCAGUUUCUAUAUCGUCACUCUCGUGCUAUCUUUGACCUAAUUGACUUAGACGGGGGCCAUACCAUUACUCCAGCAGAAUUUUAUGCCGCAGGAUUUCUCUUCAACAUCAAAGGACGUGCUUAUUUGCAGAUGUUUCGAGAUUAUAGUGGAAGUGGUGGAGAGAACCUUACGUACAAUGAAUUCAAGUUGUUUAUCAUGGCCUGCUUAGAUAAACAAGAAAAGACUAAUGAAGAUAAAAGGAAAAAGAAACAGAAGCAACCAAUAAUGGGAUUAUUUAGUCAAAGGAAUUCUCUGCUACCAUUGUAA